UUAUCUGUGGUUGGACGGCUUGCUUGCCGCCUGCGCGAUUUUUUGGGAAAUUCGCGCGUCAGUUAUUUUUUGGUCAUAUUUCAUGUACACAUCUUUAGUUGAUCAUAAUGGGUGCCUAUUUAUCUGAACCAGUUACUGAAAAAAUGUCCAGCGAUGAGUCGAAUGGCAAACUAGAGUGCGGUGCAAGCUCCAUGCAAGGAUGGCGUGUCAACCAAGAGGAUGCACACAAUACAAUCUUAGAUUAUGAUGCUGAUACAUCUUUCUUUGCUGUAUACGACGGUCACGGCGGCGCCGAGGUGGCUACAUAUUGUUCACAAAAUUUGCCAGAAUAUAUUAAAAAGACAGAUGCAUACAAGAACGGGGACCUAGUGAAUGCUUUAACAGAUGCUUUUUUGGGAUUCGAUGCAACAAUUGUCACAAAAGAGGUUAUGGAUAUAUUGAAGGAACUUGCAGGUGAAAUAAAUCCUCCGGGCACAAGUGACAUUGAAGAUUCUGAAGAUGAAAAUGUUAGUAAUUUAUAUCAAGAGGCACACCUACCUUUACAGGAAGUGUUGGCUAAAUAUGAGAAUAAAUUAACUUCACUUCACCGAGCAAGACUUGGUGACACAACUACUCCGCUGUCACCAUGCUUGAGAGCUAAAAAGAAUACAGAGGAAUCCGGGGCAUCAGCAUCAAGUUCAAGCUCGGGGCAUGUGGCGGGUUCUAGCUUAGAACAAACUUGUGAUGCAACAUCCUCUAGCAAAAAUGGUUUAACAGACAAUGAAAAGAAGAAUGCCGAGGAGGACUCUGGAGGAGUUUCAUCAACAAAUUCGAACGAAGUUGACAAAGAUUUGAAUGGAGAGGUUUCGACAAGUGAACCCGAGAAAGUCAAAGAAAAUGUUAACAAACCAAUUUUACCAGCACCAGACAGCUCUGAAGAUAAUUGCCAACCCGACCAGCCUGAACAAAGUGAGGAUGUAAAGAGCUCUACAAAUGGUUGUAAUGUUGUCACCACUGAAAAUUGUAAUGGGGAGGUGACAGGCUCAAAACAGAUAGAUGGUGAAGAUAGUAAUAUCACUUCGUCUAAUGGCUCAGUGACACCUGUCAAAACUGGCAAAGCCAAUGAUAAAUCAUCGCCUGUGUCAAGUUCCGGCAAGGAAGUUCCCGGGAGACCGAAAAAAUCGAAGAUACGCAGAGCGGCCGCGGCUGUAUACGAGUCCAUCUUACGUCAAGUGCCUGAAGAAGAUGACGACGAGAGCGACUCCAACGACGAAACCUUCGAGGGUGGAGAAAUCUGUUCAUCUGAUGACGACAAUGUUAAUGGUGUUGAGGAAUCAUCGGAGGAGUGUGAAGAAGAAGAUGAAGAAGAUUACGAAGCAGAAUCCAGUGAUGAGGAAGGUGAUGAAGAUAUAAACAUGUCUGAGGAACCAGGCAAUGAUAGUGGUUGCACUGCUAUUGUUGCUCUACUAAGAGGAAACGAACUAUACGUGGCUAACGCAGGUGAUUCCCGUUGCAUUAUAUGCAGAGAAGGAAAAGCCAUAGACAUGUCUAUAGAUCACAAACCGGAAGAUGCCCCAGAACUUGACAGAAUCAUUAAGGCCGGUGGCAAAGUUUCCUAUGACGGUCGUAUAAACGGAGGUCUUAACUUAUCACGUGCCAUCGGCGAUCACUCGUACAAACAGAACAAAGAAUUGGAUGCUAAAGAACAGAUGGUGACUGCUCUGCCGGACGUCAAAACCCUCACAGUAGACCCGGCUAAGGACCAGUUUAUGGUAUUGGCGUGCGACGGUAUAUGGAACUUUAUGUCGAGUCAAGAUGUGUGCGACUUCAUUAUACCUCGACUGGCAGAGGGCCGCGAAAGAUUAUCACAGAUCUGUGAACAGAUGUUUGACCACUGCCUAGCGCCGACAACAAUGGGUGACGGCACCGGUUGUGACAAUAUGACUGCUAUCAUAGUGAGGUUCAAAGACGGUCUGAUUGCGGAUGUGGGCCAACACACCAGCAACACGGAGUGCCCCAAGAAGCGCACCGCGGACUGCGAGCCGUGCAAUGAAAACCAACAGGACAAUAAAAGGCAAAAACUUGACGAUUCACUGUCAAGUUCGGUGGUGACAUCGAGUGUUUAGACUUAGGUUGACUAGGGAAACAGUGUUUACGACUUACACAUAGUAAUGUGUCAAUAAGACUUUAUGGAUAACAUUGUCAUCUGUAAUGCAGGCCAUUGAUUACUCUUCACUUUAAUUUGAUAAUUUCUUUUCAAAAGACAUGUGACAUUUAUCAUGAGAUUUUAUGUAAACUUGAGAAUUUCCCCUAGCAUUAUCAUACAACCUAGUACUUGUAUAAUAAUGCUACCAAAUGUUAUUUUAAAAGGCAAAAAAGACCAGACUACAAUAAAACCCCUUAUAACUGAAAAAUAUACAUACAAAUUUAAUAAUAAUACCAAAGUUUAUAAAAUGAAAGCUUAAUUUUGUUUUUAAUAAAAAAUUCAGUAAAUUUUAGCAUUAAAUGAUAAUCUCCUGCUCUUC